AUGACUCGACCCGCCAACAGCCCAUUCGAGGUCGCCAUCGUCGGCGGCGGUAUCACUGGCUUAGCCCUCGCUGUCGGGCUGUUGAAGCGCAAUGUUAGCUUCACCAUUUACGAACGAGCCGAGAAUUUUGGUGAGUUGGGCGUUGGCAUCACCUUCACGCCCAACGCGCAGCGCGCCAUGGAGGCGCUGGAUCCAUGCGUCCUCCAAAGCUUUACCAAUGUGGCGAGUGCGCCGUCAGGUGGAACGAUCGAUUUUGUGGACGGUGUUCGUGAACAAGGGAGCGAAGAUCCUCGCACAUCAACCGCAGCAUUGUUGUUUCAGCUUCACGUAAAGGGAGGCUACAAGGCGUGUCGGCGGUGCGACUUUGUCGACCAAAUUGUUCAACAUAUCCCGAAAGACCGUGUUCGAUACCGGAAAUGGCUAGAUUCAAUUGAGACAGACGAUGAAUCCGGGAGGGCAGUUCUAAAAUUCAGGGAUGGCGAAACUGCCCAGGCUGAUGUGGUCAUUGGUUGCGAUGGGAUCAGAUCUCAAGUCCGCGCGUCCAUGUUCGGAACCGACGAACUUGGUCCUCGGGCCCAGUACUCACACCAACUAGGAUACCGUGGUAUGGUGCCUUUGGCGCAAGCAACCGCUGUACUCGGCCCAGAAAAGACUUCCAGUGCGAUACUGCAUACCGGCCCAGGCGCAUUUGUACUCACUAUCCCCCUCGCCGAGGUGCAUGCAAUGCACAUCGAGGCUUUCAUCAUGGAUAAGGAGGAAUGGCCAGAGAUUCAAACAAAUAGCGAUAGCAAGAGAUAUGUACUCCCGGCGACGCGGGACGAGGCAACCAAAGCAUUUGUCGAAUUUGGUCCAACUGUCCGGUCAGCUGUGUCGAUGUUCCCGGAAAAGCUAGAAAAAUGGGCCGUGUUUGAUAUGCUAGAAGCACCAGUCCCGAUGUUUGCCAAGGGCCGUGUGUGCUUAGCUGGGGAUGCCGCACAUGCCUCGACGCCAAACCAGGGAGGCGGAGCUGAAUUUGGGAUAGAAGACGCUCUGAUUCUCGCAGAGGUAUUGGCUGUGUUGGCGAAGGCACCGAUUGUCUCAGGUGUGGUGGCAUCUGAAGCAUUGGCCGUGUACAGUGAGGUACGGUACGAACGGUCACAGUGGCUGGUUCGGAGUAGCAGGCGAACAGGUGAACUGUGUACUUGGAAGGAUCGUGACUGGGGGCUGGCAGCUGAAGAGCUGAGUCGUGAUAUCAUUAGCCGUAGUCAUCAGUUAUGGGAUCAUGAUACUGCUGGCAUGGUAAGCGAUGCUUUGGCUAUCUUGGGAGAGCGAAUUCGGGGCGCAGACACUGCAUUCUGA